CCGCUUUUGAAAGAAAAGUAUAAACGAAAAAAAAAAAAUUUUUUUUAUUCUAUAAUACAUAUAAAGCAUAAUGUCUAUUGAUCAUACGAAAUAUACUGAUCCAAAUUAUUUUAAAGUAUCUUUAAAAACACCCAUGACUAUUGCUGUUGCUGGUGGUGCAGACUCAGGAAAAAAAGCAUUCUGUGAGGCACUAACUUCUCGGUUGAAUAAAAGUUAUGCUACCAAGGUUGCACUAAUUAGUUUAACUCAGUUUUACCGUGAAUUAACACCAACUGAGAGAAUUCAAUAUGAAGCUGGUGAAUUUUAUACUGAUCAUCCAGAUGCUUUUGAUAUGGAUUUGUUAAAAAAAACAAUCCAAUCUUUGUUAGCUCGUAAGCCUACUCCUGUCCCUGAAUGGGAUUCAUCUACUCAUACAAGAAAAGGAACACGUAUUCUUGAACCUGUCGAUGUUCUUUUAAUCGAAGGCACACUAGUCUUAUAUCCAAAAGAAAUACGUGAUUUAAUGUUCAUGAAAGUAUUUAUUGAUGAAGAUAGUGAUGAACGUUUAGCUAGAAGAGUUCGCAAGACAAAAAUAAGAAAUGGUCGUGUAUUGUCUAUUAAAGAAAUUUUAAUGGAUUAUGUGGGUCGAGUUAAGCCAAUGUAUGAAGAAUUUAUUUUACCGUCGAAAAAGGUAGCAGAUAUUAUUAUUCCAAGAGGUGCAGAAAAUUUAAUUGCACUUCAAGUAUUAACAAAUCGAGUUGAAGAAUAUCUUAAAUCACGUCUAGUAGAAGAAAAAAAGGAAACUAUCAAUCCUGCUGCUGCAGAAAUAUUAGCCCAAACUGUCAAUAGUUCAUAUAAACACAUUCCUAAAUAAAUAUUUGUUUACUAUUAUUAUUGAUCCAUCUA